AGUGUGAUAAUGUUUGAUAUGAAGCUCCAAGGUUCAGCUAACAAAGGCGCCAUGGCGGCCAUUCAAAACGGGUUUCACUCGGCCCAGCUUCUACAUAGACCUCAGGGUUGUGUUCCCAAAGCGAAAGCAAACGGUGAAGAAUUCGUCUCUAAAUUGCUUGAUAGAAGAUGGGCAUUGCCCAACCCCGAUACCAAAAUUCACCAAGUAAUGUUUCCUCCUACAAAAGUAGGACAUAGAGGUGGACCAUUCAGUUACGCAUCCCUAUUAAACAAUACUCAACCAUCCUUUGGUGAUGACAUGAUGCUAAAGGAUGACCAGAAUCCAUCCUUCUAUAUUGUGAGGGAUGAUUUGUUGCAUCCAUUGGUGAACGGUAAUAAAGCGAGAAAAUUGGACGGACUGCUUCCUCUAAUUGAAGAUCACUCAGUGAGUGACGUGGUUACUUGUGGAGGUUGUCAAAGUGCUCAUGCGGCAGCCGUUGCUGUUUCAUGUGCAGAGAGAGGACUUAAGUCACAUUUGCUUCUACGGGGGGAGCAGCCUGAAAUUCUGACUGGUUAUAACCUGAUUUCGACACUAUAUGGGAAUGUCACAUAUGUUCCAAGGUCUCUCUAUGCCAAUAGGGACAAAAUGCUGAAAAGCCAUGCUGAUUUGGUGGCAGGCAACAGUGGUUAUGUUGUAUGGUUCAAUGAUAUUCUUCAAGCUUCUUUUACAACUCAAAGUUCUAGCACUUCAGACUUUAUCCAAAUGGAUGCUAACAGAAGUGCUGAAUACCAUCCAAGAAAGGUUGUAAUUGUCAAUGAAGGUGCAGGGGAUGCUGUGGCCAUACUAGGUGUCAUUCGCCUCAUUCAUUACUUAUCCCAGAAUCAUUUACUUGGUAAAGAGAGGGCCUUGAAAUUGGUUGUAGAUGCUGGUACUGGAACGACUGCUGUUGGUUUAGCACUUGGGGCCCUAUGUUUAGGGCUUCCCUGGGAGGUAACUGCCGUGAUGCUGGCUGAUACAAUUGAUGGUUACAAACAGCAAGAGAGACGCUUGGUUUCUGAUUUCAAGAGGUGCUUUAGCUUUCAUCUGACUGACCACAGUUUGAAUGAAGUAGAUAGUGGAAUGGUGAAUUGGGUACAACGUUUCCAUCCAAGAAAAUUCGGCAAUGUAUUGGAAGGGGAAGUAGAAGCAUGCCAACAAAUUGCACAGAAUACUGGUAUUCUAGUUGAUCCAGUGUAUACUUUAGCUGCUUGGGAACUGGCGGCACAACUUAGUGAGGAGGAAGCAAAAGGGGCUGUAAAAGUGGUUAUGCUUCAUACUGGUGGCACACUGGGCAUUUUUGGAUUAGCACAGAGGUACAGGUCUUACUUCCGUACACUCAAAGAUGGAAUUUAAAAGAUAACAAGAUCAAUUUUGUAAAUUACAAGACUAGGUAUUACUUUCAACAUGGAAAAUUUCCAGCGAUAAUUGUUACUAAAAAUUACCAAUCCGCUGUUAUCCCUUGAUCAAUUUGUAGGGAUGCUAUUCUAGUCUAUAUAUCACAUUUCAAUUGCAAC